UUCGGCUGCUCCGUUUUGAUCCUGCGCUGCGUCGCUGGACUUCCCCAAACCACCACCGAUAACCAUGGGAUCCGGUCGCGCCUUCAUGUUAAGCUAUACUCUCGGUCUGCUCGGAUUUGCCGUCGCCGCAGCGGUUCCUCCCAAUCUGUCCCGUCAAGUGAUAGUCUUUCUUCUGCUCUUCUCGGCCCCCUUUCUCGCCAGCUCCGCACUUGCAUCCUGUAUCGGUGCUGCCUUGAUGCGCCUCGAUUGAUCAUGGGCUGCGGUUGGGUGGUGGCCGUCAAGGAGAGAGAGGGUUGAGUUGGCUGGUGUGGUGUGGGUGGAUAAGCGGAUGAGGGGACGGAGGAAAUGGAGGAGACGAGAGCUGCACCCGAUAAUUGACUGGCUGGAUCACGGUUGAUCCCUGGGGGGCUGGAAGUGGAAAGGACCCACGAGUGGACAAGUGGACGACAAGUGGACGACAAUUAGGGUACUACGGGAGGCCGUGCCUACCCAACUUGCCGUCCACUGCCUGCAAAGGUGGGCUGACUGUGACGGGGACUGCAGGCCGUGCAUUAAUACUACUCCGUACUUAGGUAGUAGUUGCAGGUACA